UGGGGAAUAUCUCUGGGCCGGGCAAAGCAGCAGAAUAAUCUUCACAUUGCCCUUCUGUUUUUCCGCGCGACAGAUCCGUUUUUUGUACUCUUUAUCAACACGGCACAAUGGCGCCUCCACAAGUUCCCCGGAUCACAACCCAGCAGCCCCCAGAUAUGGCCCACAACUUCAAUGCGCCAAUAGAAAUGACCGGUGGUCAGAGUGCGAGUGGGAUGAGACCCUGGCUUGAUGGUCGGAUACGCGGAGAUUCUCUGAGUAGUACAGGAAGUGGGCCCAAAACACCGGUUCUGCCCCAAACUCAAGAGAUGGGGCGCAUCGAGGCCGUGCUGCUCGAUGUCGAACCGCUCAAGUGGAUUGUUUGUGACUAGCCCGAGCACUCCGGUAUCGCCGAGGACGACGGGAUAUUUCACUACCCAUGGCACGCCUACGUUACAACAGGAACCAGGGCAUCGAAGUUCACAGGCCAUGGAGCAAAUACGCUAUUCAGUACAAAGGCUGCAAAGCGGACAUCUUGAGGAGACACGGAUUCCAGACGCAGAAGCACAGCAGCGGGAGCCUGUGUCGCCGCGGAAAAAGUGGUGGUGGCAGAAACCUCGGUGGAAGGGUGUUCAGAACCGAUUGGUUACGGUGAUGAUUGCGUGCACGAUGUGCGUGAUCGUACUAUCAGUAUAUCUUGGGCUGGCUCUCUCAAAGCAACUGCAACUGAAGCAAGAGUGGCAUGUGCUCCUAGUAUUGAUCAUUCUUGUGACGACGAUGUUUUUCUGCCAUUCGUUGGUCAGGCUGUGCUUGGAUCUUACCGGCGGUGGUGACUCGGACCGGAGGAGAGGAUCAACAGACUUCUCGCGGAUACCGUCCAUAGCUGGUCCCGGGGGCUAUGCGAUGCCUCGCGAGCCCAUACGAGUCAAUACCCAGGCACCAGAUAUCAUCCCAGGGAUGAAGGAGCCACCGCCAGUUUAUGGGCUGUGGAGAUGCUCUGUUCGGGUUAAUCCCAAUGAGUUCUAUUGGAUACGACGGCAAAGUUCCGGGCAAGCAUUAACCCCAACAUCACCGCACACUGGCUCUCGGAGAUCAAUGGCGAUGUCACCAAGACCACCGUCAUAUCUUUCGGAUGACGGUGUCUCAUACGCAGUCAAUGCGGUACCUGAAAUACGGACCAUGGAGCCACCACUACCGAUACAUCCCUCGGAAAGGGGCCGGUUUCUCUGAUAUUUAAGGGAUGCGUCCGUCGCUUGAUUUCUUUUCCGAGCGUGCUUGGACCUUGUCUUCUCAUUUCUGGUGAAACAACUUUGUAUCCUCACCCCCCAUCAAUAACGAAUGAGGAAUGAUCGUGCUGUAUCUACUCAUGUGUCUUUUCCCUACAAUCAUUUAUUACACUCGCCUUGGGGCACUUGUAUAUCCUUUUUACUUUUUACUUUUGUCGUUCUACAUGGGGUUUUUUGGGCACGGUGUCAUAUUUCCUUUCUGUCGGUCGUUUUGGGGGUAUUUUUGCAUGCUGGUUCUCAUUCACUCUCUUUAUAUACAUGUCUCUCCCUAUGGUCUACUCGGUCUCAUAUUUUACUGUGUUCUGGAUCGCGAGUGGCAUCAUUUGCUUUAACCUGGUCUUCCUCUUGUCUGUAGCCUCGAACGCCCACCUGCCCACCGUGAAUCCCCCACUACUCUAAAGCCACCUUGAUCUCAAC